GUUGUAAUCCCGUAUCAAGAUUCUGAUGCGCGGUUGAGAAAAAGUGAGAAGUCGAAAGCGAAUCCUCCGAGAGGCUCGGGACUCAUCGAACGAAAAUUCGAUAAGAUAAAACUUCGGUAAGAUGCGUUAUGUCAAACGCGUCGCCGUCAGUCCGUGAGUGUCUCGCGUUCGUUACUCGCAGUUUAUUAUAACCUUUCGCGUCUUUAACGGUUUGCUGUGACGCUCGCAAAGAUCCCAACAUCGAAUCUCCUCACCCUACGACUUCGCAGUGUACUCUCGUCGCACUUUACAUUCGCAACGAAAUCGAAAACAUGUCCGACCAACAUCCGACCGAGUCUGUGGAGGACGACAGCUCCGUCACGAUGCUCGAUGUUCUCCAAAUAGAAAAUCAACUCGAAGAGGAUGCACAUGCCGUUCUCGGCGCAUCAGACGAUCAGAAUUGUACUUACAGUAAGGGAUAUAUGAGACAGGCGUUGUACGCAUGCAAAACGUGCUGCAUGGACAAAAUUCGAGCUGCCGUCUGUUUGGCAUGUAGCUUUCACUGUCAUGAAGGCCACGAACUUGUAGAACUGUAUACAAAGCGACACUUCAGAUGCGACUGUGGAAAUACUAAGUUUGAUGGCAAACAGUGUAAUCUGGAGAAAAUAAAAUCUGCUACCAAUAUUGAGAAUAAAUACAAUCAGAAUUUUGAUGGUGUUUAUUGCACCUGCGCAAGACCAUAUCCUGAUCCCGAUGGUGAUGAAGAUGACAUGCUGCAAUGUAUAAUAUGUGAGGAUUGGUAUCAUUUGAAGCAUUUGGAAUGUGACAACAGUGCACCAGCAGAUAAUGCAUAUGAUGAAAUGAUCUGUGCAGGCUGUAUGAGGAAACACAAUUUUCUAUGGAAAUAUGCAACAAAACAUGCAGUCCUAAAGAAAGCGGAUGUGAAAUUGGAUGUAUCUGAAAAAAAUGAAGAGAUAGACGUGAAUGAGUUGCCCAAAGAAUGUCAAAUGCCAAAACUUAAUUGUGCAGAUUCUAAGGGAAGCUGUUUUUGGAUAGAGGGCUGGAGAACUGCACUAUGCACUUGCGACGAAUGUAAAUCGUUAUAUAAUGCAAAAGAUAUUGCAUUUUUACUCGAUCCAAAAGAUAGUGUACAAGCAUAUGAGGAAGCAGGUAAAAUGAAUAAACAAGAAUCUCAAUAUGAAAAAGGCAUGAAGGCUCUUGCCAGCAUGGGGCAUGUACAAAAGUUGACAGCGAUUGAAGAAUAUAACAAUAUGAAAGAACGGCUUAUGCAAUACCUACAGAAGUUUGCUGAAAACAAGAAAGUCGUACGCGAAGAAGAUAUUAAAGAAUUCUUUUCGGAAAUGGAAUCCAAAAAACGUCCUAAAGUAACAGUGCCAACGUAUUGUCGUUGAAAGCUUGUAUUUAUCCCCAUAGUUAACAAUGAUCCAAAUAAAAAUAAGCAUUUUAUUGUUUCUAUAGCAGGAUGUCGUAUAUAUCUUGAGUUUUAAGAAUUUUAUAUUUAAUGUUUAAUUGGUACAUGUCACUGAAUUGAAAAAUCUCCGAAUAAAAAUUUCCAUACACAUAAUUA